UCUUUUUUUUUUCACCAUCUGUUUUGGCAAAGAACAGGACCAAAUCGUCAAUUUGUCUCCUAACCCCCGACUUUUACAAUCGGGUCAUCCGUAAACUGUGCAUCUCCUCCAAUCCUUCUUCAGUCACCCAUCAUCCAUGGCCUCCGCUCUGCACCAAAACCCCACCUCCCUCAAACUUCGCCACCCUCCGAAGCCCAGCCCUAUCACCACUCCCAGACCCUCCACCUACAUUCCCUUGCGUUGCGGACCGCGGUCCAACCGUGGGCCUCUCGUGAAAGGUCGGGUCCUGAGCAUCGAAGCCAUCAACGCCAUCCAAGCAAUCAAGCGUGCCCACAGUUCUUCAGACCCCACCGACCUCCCAAACCUCCUCUCCAAAACCCUCCCCCGCCUGAUCAAGUCCGACCUCCUCGCCACCCUACGUGAGCUCCUGCGACAAGACCGCUGCGCCCUCGCUCUCCACGCGUUCUCGGCCUUCCGAUCCGAAUACCAACCCGAUUUAUCUCUCUACGCCGACGUGGCAUCGGCACUCGCCAGGAACGGGAUGGCGGAGGACAUCGACCGUUUGAUCUGUGACAUGGAGAAAGAUUGCGGUGGUGCACUCCAGUGCGAUGACGACAGGGGACUGAUCAGGUUGAUCAAGGCAGUGAUUGGUGCUGAUAGGAGGGAAUCGACGGUCAGGAUUUACGGGAUGAUGAAGCAGAGUAAGUGGAGUUACGCCUUUGAGGCGGAUGAGUAUGUGGUCAGGAUUUUGAGCAAAGGUUUGAGGAGGCUUGGCGAAGAGGGUUUGGCCGAUGAGGUUAAAAGGGAAUUUGCCAAGGUCUCCGGGGCCAAUUUGGAGAAUUAGAGAGUUUAAAGAAAAUACAUAUUUUUUUAAUUAUUGUUUUAACUUUCUGGCAUGAGUAAAAAGUUAUAUUAUAUCGUCUCAAA